AGAAUAAAGGACGAAUAUCGUAUCCACACUUGGGAGUUGCGUACAAUUGCAUUGAAAGCGGAAGGGGAAGAAUAGCAUAAUCUGGUGGUGGCCGGCCCGCCGGCCGCUUUACCCUUUUGUUUGAUUUACACACACACACACACAGAUAUAUAUAUAUUGCAGUCUUCUGUCUCCCGGACAAGAAGAAGAAAGAAGGAGGAGGAAGAAGAGCUACAGCUAUGGGUUCGGUGUUGGGUUCGAGCUCAAAGACCAAAGGGGAAACGCAAACGGCUACGGGUAUGUCCAAGGUCCAGGGCAUCGUUGUCUCUACCCCAGUCGUCGUCUUCAGUAAAACUUACUGUGCUUAUAGCAAGAAGGUCAAGCAAGUGCUCUCCGAGCUAGGCGCUAGUUAUAAGGCCAUUGAAUUGGACAAGGAAAGUGAUGGAAGCGAAAUGCAAUCUGCUCUAGCAGAGUGGACUGGGCAGAAGACUGUGCCCAACGUCUUCAUCGGUGGAAAACACAUUGGUGGCUGUGACAUGGUUUUGGAGAAGCAAAAAGGAGGUCAGCUCGUUCCCCUUCUCACCGAUGCUGGUGCUAUCAGGAAAUAGCUCCGUUUGAUAUAAGAAACAAGGUCUUGUGCACAUGAACUGAAUAUGAAGUUCACAACCUAUGCUACAUAUGCAGUGUAUAAAUUGUGUAAGAAGUUGAUUAAGUGAUGGUGGUGAUUUGAAACUUUAAACAUAUGAUUUGAUUUU